AUUUUAUCGCGCAUGCGUAUUGUUCUCACUUCCUGUGAAAAGACGAGACGAGAAAGCCAUCGGGGAAAAGUGGUAAAAGGACAGCUAAAACACAAGAAUCAAGGUAAUCUUUAAAAGCUAGUCAAAUGACCGACAAACGGAGUGAGAACUGAAGCGAUGACCGAACAGAAAGAACCAGCAGAAAGCUGGCUUACAAACUGGGAAAGUUCAACUGUCGACGAAUGGCUACGGAAGCAGGAGGAUUUCGAUAAAUUACGCACGCCAGACGACGAAUUGAACGAACAAAAAUUAUGGUGUCUAUUCCAAAGUUCAGCGAGCAAUAUCGCUUUAAUGUAUAAAGAAUGCUGCAAUCCAGAGAGGCAUGAUCAAAAAGCCUGGUCAACGUUUGGUGCCGCUGCCUCAGCCAUAACUGACCUCUAUAGAGAAGCUUUAGAUCAAACAAAAAAAGCAAGAGAAUCAGCGAUGGAAAGGGGAAGUCGAAAUCGAACACGUGAUGUCUUGAAUUGGUUAAAAAAGAAACGCCGGCGUCAUUUGAAACGAGAAGAUCUGAUCGCCUUUCUCUGCGAUCAGCAGGCGCCUUGUAGAAAAGAGGAGAGAAGGGAAAGGCCUGCAGAUUUGACGCCGUUCCGAGACGCCCUACUAUUGCAACGCCUAAGUGGAGCUAUGUCCCAUAUGGGCGUUUCACAGACGGGAAGUGGUAAUGAUGACUUCCAACGAGUUCUUCUCGAAGACUUAUCGAGGCAUAUAAGCGACACAAAGAAACGAGCAGCCCCCUCAUCUGGUAGUGACUCCCCUAAUUCAAGGAAAAAAGCGCGGUUUCAUUGAGAGAAUGGUGGUGUAUUGUUUUUUUUUCAGAAUAUGCAUCGUUGUCGAACCCUUAAAAAAAAAAAUAACGAAUUGUAAAUCGCGCGGUUUUUCAUUUUAAAAAUAUACUAAAUUCGCUUCAAUAUGUUUUUGUUUUAUUUUAAACAAUAUUGUUGAUUUUAUUUAUAAAUUAUAGGUAUAAUUUUUAAGAAAGUUACUUUUUAAUUAAGUCGGUCUUUUGACCAAUUUUUUAGGUGAAAGAUUUCGUUUUUAUGUUAGGAAAUACCGCGCAUUUUGUUCAAUUUUUUUCGUUUACAUCCUAUUUUUUUAUAUUUAAAUAUACCAUUGUAAGAAUUACAGAAAUUGAAACACUCAAUGUAAAAGUCUUUUUUGUAAAUGCAUUCUUUUUCAAUCGCUUUUCUUGUUGAUCAAAAACAAUCGAUAAAAUCCUUUUUUUAAAUAUAAAUUAUUAUUUUAAA